GCCGCCGGGCCGCUGUGCGCGCGCGGGCCGGGCAGCAUGGCGGCGGCGGCGGGCGCCCCUCCGCCGGGGCCGCCUCAGCCUCCUCCGCCGCCGCCGCCCGAGGAGUCGUCGGACAGCGAGCCCGAGGCGGAGCCCGGGUCCCCGCAGAAGCUCAUCCGCAAGGUGUCCACGUCGGGCCAGAUCCGCCAGAAGACCGUCCUCAAGGAGGGGAUGCUGACCAAGCAGAACAGCUCAUUCCAGCGCUCCAAAAGGAGGUACUUCAAGCUGCGAGGGCGAACGCUGUACUAUGCCAAGACGGCCAAGUCGAUCAUCUUUGAUGAGAUGGACCUCACGGACGCCAGCGUGGCCGAGUCCAGCACCAAGAAUGUCAACAACAGCUUCACGGUCAUCACCCCGUGCAGGAGACUCAUCCUGUGUGCGGACAACAGGAAGGAGAUGGAGGACUGGAUCGCAGCACUCAAGAGCGGCCAGAGCAGGGAGCACUUCGAGCCCACUCAGUACACCAUGGACCACUUCUCGGGUACGCACAACUGGUACGCCUGCUCCCACGCCAGGCCCACCCACUGCAACGUGUGCCGGGAGGCCCUGUCGGGGGUCACGUCUCACGGGCUCUCCUGCGAAGUGUGCAAGUUCAAGGCCCACAAGCGCUGUGCCGUGCGCGCCAGCAACGACUGCAAGUGGACCACGCUGGCGUCCAUCGGGAAGGACAUCAUCGAGGAUGAGGACGGGAUCUUCAUGCCGCACCAGUGGCUGGAGGGGAACCUGCCGGUGAGUGCCAAGUGCGCGGUUUGUGAGAAGACGUGUGGCAGCGUGCUGCGUCUGCAGGACUGGCGCUGCCUCUGGUGCAAGGCCAUGGUGCACACGGCCUGCAAGGACUCCCUGGCCGCCAAGUGCCCGCUGGGGCUGUGCAAAGUCUCCGUCAUCCCCCCCACGGCGCUCAACAGCAUCGACUCGGAUGGCUUCUGGAAGGCGUCGUGCCCCCCGUCCUGCACCAGCCCCCUGCUGGUCUUCGUCAACUCCAAGAGCGGGGACAACCAGGGCGUGAAGUUCCUCCGCAGAUUCAAGCAGCUGCUGAACCCCGCGCAGGUCUUCGACCUCAUGAACGGGGGCCCGCACCUCGGCCUGCGCCUGUUCCAGAAGUUCGACACCUUCCGGAUCCUGGUGUGUGGUGGGGACGGCAGCGUCGGGUGGGUCCUCUCGGAGAUCGACAGCCUCAACCUCCACAAGCAGUGCCAGCUGGGCGUGCUGCCCCUGGGCACGGGGAACGACCUGGCGCGCGUGCUGGGCUGGGGCUCCGCCUGCGACGACGACACGCAGCUCCCCCAGAUCUUGGAGAAGCUGGAGCGGGCCAGCACCAAGAUGCUGGACAGGUGGAGCGUCAUGGCCUACGAGACCAAGCUCCCGCGGCAGCCCGCCGCCCCCGCCGCGCCCGAGGACUGGAGCGAGGGCUCUGAGGUGCAGCAAAUCCUCUUCUACGAGGACUCGGUCGCCGCUCACCUCUCCAAGAUCCUCACGUCCGACCAGCACUCGGUGGUCAUCUCCUCGGCCAAGGUGCUCUGCGAGACAGUCAAGGACUUUGUGGCGCGGGUGGGCAAGGCCUACGAGAGGGCGACGGAGAGCUCGGAGGAGUCGGAGGACAUGGCCAAGAAGUGCUCCGUCCUGAAGGAGAAGCUGGAUUCUCUGCUCAAGACCCUGGACGACGAGUCCCAGGCCACGUCCUCGCUGCCCACGCCGCCCCCGACCAUCGCCGAGGAGGCUGAGGACGGCGACGGCACGGGCGGCAGCUGCGGCCCCACCGGGGACCGACCCCUUGGCUCAGCCUGCCCUGCCCGGCCGCAGAUCUUCCGGCCCCGCGAGCAGCUCAUGUUGCGAGCCAACAGCCUGAAGAAGGCCAUCCGCCAGAUCAUAGAGCACGCGGAGAGAGCCGUGGACGAGCAGAACGCACAGACGCAGGAGCAGGAGAGCUUCCUCCUGGGGCUGUCGGAGAAGAAGGACCUGCUGCCCCCCGACAGGCUGGACCCCGGCGAGGGCGAGAGCGGGAGCGCCGGCACCAAGGCGCGGGGCCUCCGCAAAGUGUCCAGGUCCCCCUGUGAGAAGCUGCUGAGCAAAGGAAGCUUGUCCCUGGGCAGCUCUGCGUCCCUCCCGCCGCAGCCGGGCAGCCGGGACAGCCUGCCGGCGCUCAGCACCAAGAUCCUCUUCCCUGCCGUGCGGCCCGGGAUGUCGGGGUCCCUGCCUGGAGGCUCCGUCAUCAGCCGCCUGCUGAUCAACGCCGACCCCUUCAGUACGGAGCCCGAGAACCUGGACUGUUACACCGAGAAGUGCGUCAUGAACAACUACUUCGGCAUCGGCCUGGACGCGAAGAUCUCGCUGGACUUCAACAACAAGCGGGACGAGCACCCCGAGAAGUGCAGGAGCCGCACCAAGAACAUGAUGUGGUACGGGGUGCUGGGCACCAAGGAGCUGCUGCACAGGACCUACCGCAACCUGGAGCAGAAGGUGCUGCUGGAGUGCGACGGCCGGCCCAUCCCCCUGCCCAGCCUGCAGGGCAUCGCGGUCCUCAACAUCCCCAGCUACGCCGGAGGGACCAACUUCUGGGGUGGCACUAAGGAAGAUGACACUUUUGCAGCCCCGUCCUUCGAUGACAAGAUCCUGGAGGUGGUGGCCGUGUUUGGCAGCAUGCAGAUGGCCGUGUCACGCGUCAUCCGGCUGCAGCACCACCGCAUUGCCCAGUGCCGCACCGUGAAGAUCUCCAUCCUGGGCGACGAGGGCGUCCCUGUGCAGGUGGACGGAGAGGCCUGGAUCCAGCCUCCGGGCUACAUCCGCAUCGUCCACAAGAACCGGGCACAGACGCUCACCAGGGACAGGGCCUUCGAGAACACCCUGAAGUCCUGGGAGGACAAGCAGAAGUGUGAGCUGCCGCGCCCCCCAUCCUUCUCGCUGCACCCUGAGGUCCUGUCUGAGGAAGAGGCCACGCAGAUGGACCAGUUCGGACAGGCGGCGGGAGCCCUCAUCCACAGCAUCCGGGAGAUCGCGCUGUCGCACCGGGACAUGGAGCAGGAGCUCGCUCACGCCGUCAACGCCAGUUCCAAGGCCAUGGAGCGGGUGUACGGCAGGCCCCGGAGCUCAGAGGGCCUCCUGGAGCUGGUGAGCAACGUGAAGGCUCUGCGCAGCGAGACGGAGCUGCUGCUGGCCGGGAAGAUGGCCCUGCAGCUGGACCCCCCCCAGAAGGAGCGGCUGGGGGCUGCGCUCAGCGAGAUGGACCAGCAGCUCAGGAGGCUGGCGGACACGCCCUGGCUGUGCCCGUCCCCAGAGCCGGGCGAUGAGGAGAGCGCCAUGCUGGACCUCUCCAAGCGCGGCCGCAGCGCCAAGUUCCGCCUCGUGCCCAAGUUCAAGAAGGAGAAGAACAACAAGAACAAGGAAGCGCGCAGCAGCCUGGGCGCCCCGGUGCACCUCUGGGGGACGGAGGAGGUGGCCGCCUGGCUGGAGCGCCUGAGCCUCUGUGAGUACAAGGACACCUUCAUGCGCCACGACAUCCGGGGUGCCGAGCUCCUGCACCUGGAGCGGAGGGACCUCAAGGACCUGGGCGUGACCAAGGUGGGCCACAUGAAGCGGAUCCUGUGUGGCGUGAAGGAGCUGAGGCGCGGCGGGCCUGCGGCCGAGGCCUAGCAGUGGCCCCGGGGCCUGUGGCCUGCGUGCGGCCCCUGAGGCCGGUGCUCACGGUGCUAGACCCUCGAUGACCACGGACCUGCCGUGCCCGGCGCCGGCCCCCCCCCCCCACAGCUGCCUUGGCUGGGGGCCUGUGUCCCGGCGUCUCCUGGGCACAGCGGCUGCCUGGCCGGCGUGGGACCUGCCAGCAGGGCCCGGGCCCCGGGGAGCUGCGGGGGCCCCGUGAGGUCGCCCCCUUUCCUGCCGGCAGGUGGUGGGCGUGGCCAGGCCAGCGCGCUGGCUUUCAGCAUGAGGACAGCAGCGGGCUCCGGGGUGCCGGAGGGGGCAGAGGUGUCCCCCUCCUGGACGGUCCAUCCCCCACCCCAGGCACUGUGGCGUGGGGGGCUGGGGGGAGGAGGCUCUGGCACAGCCUCUCCCUUCUCAGAGCCAGGCUGGCUCACGCCCACCCCGAGGCCCAGCCCGCGACCCUGCUUCCUGCUGCCACUCCAGCCCGUCCUUCCCGAGCCACCGGGGGUCUCGCGGGAGGGGAGCGGAGUGAGCACGGGGGCCCGAGUCGGUGCUGGCUCCCACGUGGCCCCAGGCGCAGGCCCCUCUUCCCCAGGAGCCCGGGCCCCCAGCAGGGUGGGAGCUGCCCUGGGAACCCCCCUCCCCGCCCCGCAGCGGGGGGAGGAGGCCGAGCGGGGCGCCCGAGCAAAGGUGUGUGCCCUCCCCUAUUUAUGACCCUAAUUUAUACGGCGCCCCAGGACCAGGCCUUUGUCGUGCUGUGUACAGACCACUUCCGGUGUGACCCCGUUCUGUGUAAAAUAAACGCCUGUUUUCAUCUUCCGCA